ACUUAAAUUGUUUUUAAAACAUUUUUUAUACCCGAAUGCGUUUAUCUACAUACAUACUUUUAUCACUCCACUGCAUUUACAAAACUGUUUUAUCUAGUUUUUAAAAUAACACAUUUGGGCGUGUAUUUCAACAGUAACAGGGUUACAAAGUUUAAGCUCGGAUUUAUUUCAUUUUACCUAGAAUGGCUGGAGUAUGCAAAUGGUGCGGAGCCUUUUUCAAAGACAUAACAGAGUUAGAAAAACAUGAAGACAUUCAUCGGCAAUCGGAUAGUUUAGGCGGACUCAUAAAUGUCAAUACCCAACGUGAAGACACAUGCACUGAAAGCUUACCAGAAACAGAAAACCCUCAGGUAAUUAUCAAAUCAAAGAAACAGAAAGCUACCGCCGGGUUUCCUUGUGAUCGAUGCCACAAAUCAUAUCGUCGAAAGAAUCAUCUGAACACCCACUUCCGUGCAGAACAUAUGGGGAAAACAUUUUCUUGCUCUAAGUGCGGAAAAGAGUUCAAAUAUUCAUUUGACAAAACCCAUCACCAGAAGUCUUGCCAGGGUGUGACUGAACAUCUUUGUCUUAAAUGCGGGAAAAGAUGUUCCACAGCUCAUGGUCUUAAAAGACACAAACAGUGGCACGAUCAAGAGCUAAAGUCCAAGUCCAAGACCAAACCUACAACACGUACCAAGCAAGGCAACCCAUCUCAACAGUUUCAAUGUAGGCAAUGUGUUGAGGCUUUUGAGUCCCGACGCCGACUACAAGAACACGUACUGCGUCAACACAGACGUAGUCCCGGUGCUGUAAUGGAGCGCCCAAGAAACUCCGCUCCAUUACAAUGCCAGUGUCGGCGAUGUUUCCAGCGAUUUGAUAGUCGGCGGGAGUUAUACUUACACAAUAUGCGCCAGCAUUACCAAGUCGGAGGGGCUUUGCAGCGUCGACCUUGGGACAAUAAUAAUGCCCCCUGGGAAAGGGAUGGUUGGAAUGCAGACUUGCGUGAGGUUUAUGAAGCCAAUGCCCCAUUGAUUCUAGAGUCUCAUCGAAGGGGACCAAUUAUGUCCGUCUACAACUUUCCUUUGGACAAUGACGUCAGCAUGGACCAGCUCAUGGGUUUCGCCAACGAGAUAUAUCGUCAAGAACAACAAGCUUUCCGACUGAAUCUCGUAUUUGGCGUCAUUCUACAGAACAGAGUGACUGGAGAGUACCGUUAUUUCGUACCCUACAACAAUAACGGCAUUUUCGAACGUCCGUUAUACAUUUCUAGACUCAGGGACUUGGACAAUCUUCGGCUUAAUCUACAACGUAGAGAUAUUCUAACAGAUAUCCUACGUAUUCGACCAGACACUCAGUGGAUUCCUGUCUUGGUCACCAAUGUGCAUUUCACCGUGUACAACACUUUCUAUCCUCUAGGCACGGGUGACCUCCCGGACUACCUUCUAAAAAAGGAAAGCAUUUAUCCAUUAAUCAAAAAUCGGCAAAACGGGAAACUUUACGAAGACCACUUGUGCGCCUUUCGCUGUCUGGCUCUCCACAGAGGUUACGAGAUUAAAAGUGUUGACGGUCCCGCCAAGACAUUUCAUCAUGAAUGGGUAAAACAUCCGCACAGUAGCACGGAAGGAUUGACGUUCGAAGAUUUUCCGGCUUUUGAAACACUGUUUCGCGUCAAUCUGGAAGUCUACAGCUUGCAGGAAGACGAGAUCGCAGUCCCCGUGUAUAAAUCCAGGGGGGUACAAGACUCUACCAUGUACCUGAACAUGUACGAAAACCAUUUGUCGUACAUCAGAGAUUUCAACUUGUACGCGCAAAAAUACCGAUGCAGGACUUGCGAACGUCACUUUAAACAUAUCCGUGAUCUACAUCGUCAUCAAAAAAUCUGCACCAACAAGACCAAGUACAUUUAUCCAGGAGGAUUUUACAAGUCCAGGGACAGCAUCUUCGAGGAGCUGGAGCAGUUUGGCAUUAACGUUCCAAAGGACCAACGCACAUAUCCCUGGAUUUUGUGCUAUGAUUUCGAGGCCAUGUUACAAAAGGUGAACGAGCGCCCGACGGAAUAUUUGCAGUGGACGCAAAAGCACGUCCCCAUCAGCGUGUCCAUAUGCAGUAACGUCGAGGGUCACACCGAGCCUAUGUGUAUCGUGGAGCCCGAUCAAGAUCUGCUGGUUCAAAAAAUGAUUGAAGCUAUGCAACAUGUAGCCAAUACCGUCUACCAACUCGCCGAAGAAAAAUGGGGAUGGGUGCUCGAUGCGAUCGAUGAAAAGGUCAACCAAGAUUUAGAAGCAGAAGAACAGGAAGAGCAAGAAGCAGAAGAAGGACAAGAACAAGAUGAGGAGGAAGAACAAGAUGGAGAAGAUAACAAACGACCACUACACCCUCUUAAAACCCUCUACGGAUAUUUAGUGGGUUACAUAUCGCAGCUUCCCGUCGUAGGAUUCAAUUCUGCCAAGUACGACCUAAAUCUCGUCCGGCAGUAUAUAGCUAAACAUUUGAACAUGCACGAGUCCAUUCAUAGCUUCGUUAUUAAAAAAAACAACGCUUACUCUUGCAUCGCUACUGAUGAUUUAAAGUUUUUGGACAUGUCUCAAUUUCUAGCCGCGGGCUCCUCCUAUGCCGCUUUCCUGAAAGCUUACCACGUGGAAGAAAAGAAAGGUUUCUUUCCCUACGAGUGGUUUGACCAGUCGAAAAGCUCGAAUGGACAGCUUUGCCCAGUCACGAUGCUUUCUUCAGCAGUCUAA